CACUCUGUGGAAUUUAUAGCUUGAUACACAUCCCGCGGUUUCUGCUCAGACUGUGCGUACUUGGCUUGAUUCGUCACAAUGUCAUUCGAUCAGCUAUCUUCGCUGGAAGCGCAGCAGCGACGGGGAGAUAACAGCCGCGGGUAUGUCGACGACCCCGAUUUUCAGCGUGUGUCGCAAGACAUAAACAACAAACUAUUCAAAGUCAACGGCAACGUUUCCAGGCUCAGCACAGAGAUCAGCCACCUCGGUACAAGACGAGAUACCGCACGUGUGAGGGAAAGGGUGCACGAUUUGCUAGAGGAAUCGAGGGAAACAUUCAGGCAACUGGGCGAGGCUGUCAAGAAACUCCAAUCGUGGGAAGACGUUACGCCAACCCAAAAGUACACACAACAAAAGGCUUCCCGCGAAGUGCAAGCCUCUCUACAAGAGUUUCAGAGCCUCCAACGAAAAGCCUUGGAAAAACAAAGGGCAUCAGUGAGCGCCGCAAAAGCAGUGACAGACGAAGAGGGUGGCAUCCGGAGCGCUGGAGAGGACGGACAAUAUCUCGAACAACAACAGCAACAGGAAGUUCUCAGGCUCGCACCACAGGACGAGGUGGAUUUCCAGGAGGCGUUGAUCAUCGAGCGCGAGGAGGAAAUACGCAACAUCGAACAGGGCGUCAAUGAUCUCAACGUUUUGUUCUCACAAGUGGCACAGAUCGUGUCGGAACAAGGCGAGCAGCUCGACACCAUAGUCGACAAUGUCGAGAAUGUGAGGACAGACACCAGGGGUGCUGACUAUGAGCUGCGCAGCGCCGCGAGGUAUCAGAAGAAUGCUCGUAGCAAGGCUUGCUGCUUGCUCCUGAUUCUAUCGGUUAUUCUGACGAUUGUUUUGCUUGCCAUUUUCCUUGGAUAAGGGUCAAAUGGUGACGGAGGUCGUGGUAAGUCGUCAAAUUCAUAGCCGCGACGGACAGACACUACAGUUCACCAGAAUGCUAUUUUUCUCAUGACACUGCAGCGUCACUGUAUAAUAUCAUCCAUCAGCUGGCGUUUGCGGAGUCUUUUAGUCUUUUAUCCUUAUUCUCUUUGUUAUUAAGCACCUUGUCGAUUGGUGUGCAUGUCUAGCUUUGUCUAUACAGCUAUCUUUAAGCAGCGCGUUUCAGUCAAAUACACUCAGACGCCUCGAGGCCUCUUUCUCCGGCCGUGGCAACAACAUAACCCGAUGUUGACCCGAGGCGAUGACUGCCGUGGGCGCUGGUAGUGGCAUGCACCGAAAAAUCACUUCCGUCAUCAGUGCGGACAUGCAUGAGGUGCAGAUCCAGUACACAUGUAAAGCCGCUGGAAAAUACAUAGUGACGGGGGCGAUGCUUAUCGAACAAAUGAGAAGUAUGCGCCGCAAUCUUGUCCUCGGGUUUAUCUUGUCGCUGUAUUUUUCCAAUGGGCCUCCUCCAAGUAGCUCCCGGGCUGCCUUUACACUCGUAGGAACGAGUCCGAGGUUUGCUGCCAUGGUAAAGGAGAGAAGCCAUGGUAAAACGUGGUAAGGAUCGGGGACCAACAGGUCAGGAAACCAGAGAAGCCCUCCCGUCGCAAGGGACGGUUCUAACGUCGUCGCAGCCGGGAUGGCGACGUCUGCGAUCGUACUUAUACCGGCCGUAGACGCAGUGUCUACUGCAGUGGAA